AACUGGCGCAGUCGUAACGGAUUUAGAAUCAACCGGUAUAAUUGCACAGAGAAGAUUAACGUCUGGAGUCAACGCUUCACAUCGCAGAGCAUCCGACGCUAAAUCCGAAGAAUCUACAAGAGCACCAGGGCUGGACAAAAGAGGAACUCAAACAACAUCGGUCAUGUUAUUGAGCAACGAAAUCAUAUAAGGAAUUCAAAAAAAAAAGAAAAAAAAAAUUUAAUAAACUUUUAAGUUUUUAAUCAGCUAUAAGCGCCAUAACAACAAAUUUAUUGACAACUGUCAGUUACCUGCCAAAUGUCAGACGUCACGUUGGAUUGCUAUUGUUCAUAAAAACUACACCGUUACAACAUGCAUGCAUGCAGCGUGGCACUACCUCUUUCAAGAUCUGUUUUACUUAUUUACAGGAAAACUGGUUGUGAAAAAGUGGAAAUCGAUGAGAGACGAAUGGAUGAAAUGUCAUAGAAAAUUAAGCGAGAGCAAGUCGGGAUCGGGAGCUAAUCCAAUAGUUCAUAAGUACACGAACUAUGACAACAUGAAAUUUUAUUCAAUUUAUCGAUUCUAUGCAAAAAAAGAAAAGAAAACCGAUGACAGCAGAAUUAUGUCAUUUUUCAAGAGUAUUGCUCCAACAAUAGAGAAGUUCAGUGACGAUGAAGUUGUCGAAUUUCAAUAUCAAGUUAUUUCAAUAUUACGGAAUUUUAAACAAAGAAAUAUAAAUAGCAACACAUCAGAAUCUCAAAGUAUACACCUGCAAGAAUCCAUCCAACUUCAGCUUAACCUAUGAUACUGAAGCUUAUGGAUAUUCUACUGCACCUGGACCUUCUAACGUGAGAAGCCAAUCUAGACUUACUACUUAUAGUU